AUGCACUUCCUUCGGGCCUCGAAUUACGAUAGUCGGCCAAAGACCGACAAAUUCAUCAUUCCCCCAGCACAUGCCGUCCAUGUCGACUACAGUUAUAACGACGCCCCGGAGUACAUACGCACCUUGCCAGAGCGACCUCCAGACUGGGAACGUCUCUCUCGAUUCCGAUGGGCAAUCUUCAGCUGCUGGCGACCGGUGAAAAAAGUGACCCGUGAUGCACUUUGCCUUGGAGACAAGAGGACUAUCCCAGACAGGGACUUGAUAGAUGGCAGUACUGAUAUGCCCGUGAAUGGUCGGCAAAGGAGGACGGUAAGACUGAUGGAAGAGCGAGGUGUUCACCGCAUUCGUGAGUUCAUCUGGUCUCGAUCUGCAAAGUCGAUGCUGACGGGUCUGUUGCAGGGCAUUCAAUACGGCCAGUGA